AUGCAGGUUCAGAAGAGUGUGAAAGACGAUGAGAUUAGUUUACCCUUGCUGGUGCUGCUGCUGCUGCCCAUAGGUCGUUGCAGUGCGCGAGACUCAGAAGCAGCGCAUUUCUCGUUGGCAGUGAAGCGUCACUGCGUUGUGCUGGAAUACUGCUUACGUUCGCUCGCUGAAAUGCCCGGGCAGUGUGUUGUGGUGAGGCUGCUGCUGCUGCUGCUGCCUGCGAGGGCAAUUGGACGAAACAUCGAUCGUUCACUGUGUAUCGUGUCUUUAUUGAGCAUGGAUGUCGUGGACGGUCAGAUCAUCGAUACGCUGCUUCGUCUUGACCCAAGCUUCUUUGAUGGUUUGCCGGAGGUGCCAGGCACUGUAACAGAGUUGGACACCGAAACAUUUUAUCGAGCGAUCGUUCUUUUGUUGUGGACAUGCAAUCCGAAUCUGAAGAGGGAAAUUCCGUCCACAGUGCCCGGUCAAAAUAUGUCAGCGAAGCUGCGAUGUGCAACAAGGGUUGUUGAAGCAGUAAAGCAUGCUCGUGCAGAAGUUGAGUAUUUGCUUGAUUACAAAACACCAAGCGCAGUUCAACUAGGAGCCCUUGUCUACCGUCGAGCCAAACAAAUUCUAACAGAAUUGCAGUGA